UGCACUCAGCACACACACACACACACACACACAGCCCGGAGACCUGCACUUGUCACACUCUGGCCAUGCAUUCGCUGCCAUUAGUACUGCUCUGCGCUGAGCUGACCACACUGGUCCUCUCCUUCCAAAUCACCAUCCUGCACACCAACGAUGUCCAUGCCCGAGUAGAACAGAGCAGCAGGGACUCUGGAAAGUGUGGCAAUCCCGCGGACUGCUAUGGUGGGGUGGCUAGGAGGUUCACCAAGGUUAAGGAGAUCCGUGCCAACCAGCAGAAUGUCUUAUUACUGGACGGGGGCGACCAGUUUCAGGGAACUAUAUGGUUCAACGUGUACGCUGGCAUGGAAGCUGCUCAUUUCAUGAAUGACCUGGCAUACGAUGCAAUGGCUCUAGGGAAUCAUGAAUUUGACAAUGGCCUCUCUGGACUGGUAAACCCAUUCCUUACAAAUGUGAAGUUCCCCAUUCUAAGUGCCAAUAUUAAAGCAGAUUCACAGAUUGCAUCUAACAUAAGUGGAUAUUAUCAGCCUUAUAAAAUCUUAAAUGUUGGCGGUGAACAGAUUGCAAUAGUUGGAUAUACUUCAAAAGAAACUCCAGUUUUAUCUGAUCCAGGCCCACACCUGACAUUUGAAGAUGAGAUAGAAGUUUUACAAAAUGAAGUUUCUAAAGUUUUAACUCUUGGGGUAAAUAAGGUGAUAGCUCUGGGUCACUCUGGCUUUGAAACCGACAAACUUAUUGCUCAGAAGGUGCGUGGAGUGGAUGUGGUUGUCGGAGGACACUCAAAUACAUUCCUUUACACAGGUCCACCACCUUCCAAUGAUGUCCCAGUUGGGGAAUAUCCUUUUAUCGUGAAAUCCGAUGAUGGGCGUUCUGUACCUGUGGUUCAAGCAUAUGCCUUUGGAAAAUAUCUUGGCUACUUAAAUGUGACUUUUGAUGCACAAGGAAAUGUCUUACAUUCCUGGGGAAAUCCAAUUUUGCUGAACAGCAGCAUUCCUGAAGACCCAGCAGUUCUAGCAGAGGUUAACAAAUGGAAGGAACAGUUGCUUGAAUACUCUGCUCAAGAAAUUGGAAAAACCUUAGUAUUUCUAAAUGGCUCUUCUCUGGAGUGUCGUUUUCGGGAGUGCAAUAUGGGAAACCUGAUUUGUGAUGCUAUGAUUUCCAAUAAUAUUCGACAUCCUGAUGAAAUCAAUUGGAAUCAUGUUUCGCUCUGCCUUAUGAAUGGAGGUGGAGUAAGAGCAUCGAUUGAUGAAAGAACAAGCAAUGGUAGCAUAACUACUGAAGACUUGCUAUCAGUGUUACCUUUUGGAGGUACAUUUGAUCUGAUUGAAGUUAAAGGGUCUACCCUGAAAAGGGCAUUUGAGCACAGUGUACACCGCUACGGUGCUAGUACUGGAGAGUUCCUGCAAGUGGGUGGAAUCAGAGUGGUGUAUAAUUUAGAUAGAAAACCUUGGCAGAGAGUCGUCAAAUUAGAAGCUAUCUGCACCAAAUGCAGGGUACCGAAAUAUGUUCCAGUGGAAAAUGACCAAGUUUAUAAAGUUGCUCUUCCAGCCUUCCUUGCUGAGGGGGGAGAUGGGUUUACUAUGUUAAAAAAUGAAAGCCUGAGGCAUGACAGUGGGGAUCUUGAUAUUGCAGUUGUUAGAAGUUACAUUCAUAAAAUGUUACGGGUUUACCCUGCAGUAGAAGGGAGGAUUGUGUUUAUCACUGAAGACUCUUGCCGGUCAUCAGCACAUUUGACUCAUAUGAACUACCCACUGGUUUCCAUCACAGCUCUUCUGGUGUUGCUACAACGAUUAUUCUGAAUAAUAGUAAUUUUUUAGCAGAAGCAUGAAAACACAAUAUUUUAAGAAACUGAGUGAAAUCAAGCCAUCAAAUGGAUUUUAUCCACUUCAAGACACAAAAUGAACUUAUUGACAUGGAGGCCACUUGCGAGAUGUCACGGGCUCAUAGUUGUGGUGUGAAGAUAAGUAAAGAUUGGAAUCAUUUUAUAAACUUUUUUCAUUCAUCAGUGCAUUGCUACAAUAUUAAAAAGCUACAUUAACAAUACGAUACACUC